AUGUCCUGGGACGAUACUUUGAAAUCUAUGACCAACUACAAUGGUGUCACAUCAGGCUGCAUUGCUGGCUUGGAUGGUUCCAUUUGGGCAUCUACAGCCGACUUUAAGCCAACUGCCGAUGAAAUCAAGAAAAUAGUGAACUGUGCACAGAAGGGCACGAAUGAAGGCCUAAACGUUGGGGGAAAGUCAAUGCGGUGCAUUAGGAGUGGCGAUAACAACGUCAGCGCUCUCGGAACCACCCAUGCCAUGGAUGUGGCGCUCACGAACAAGGCUGUCGUGAUAGCUGCUAACAACGCACCCUCUAACGCGCCCGGAGUUAACCGGCUGCUUUGUGUGGCCUCAGCAGCCAUUGCUUCCUACCUAUCAAAAGCCGGCUACUAA